AUGAUACUAGAAAUAGUACCUCUGUACAGCCAUACCUUUUUUUCAACCCUGUUAAUAAUAAAAGAUAUAAAAUAUUCAAGCAAGAAAUGUAAACUAACUGAUUUAUUACAGAAAGACAAUGGAGAACUAUCACAAGAAGAUGAUAAAGGUUUAUCUGUUUAUAAAAAUGAUAAAAUAAAUUUUAACAAGUAUAAGAAAUUGUAUAAUUAUGAUUACUUAAAUAAUAAGAGUGAGUUUUAUGAAAAUGAGAAAGAUGGGAAUAUCUACAUUCUUAUAAAUUGUGGGUGGGAUGACAAAUUUUGCAUUAAUGAUAUAAAAAAUGUGUUAAGGGUGUGUGCUUACGUAGACUUCAUCCUAGUGACUAAUCAUAGUUUAAAAUAUGUUGGCUGUCUCCCCUUAAUAUAUAUGGAAUUAAUAAAAAGAAAGAAUAAUAGUAGGGUACCGAUAAUAUGCCAUGAAUAUAUUAAAGCAUUUAGUAAAUAUGUUAUGUUAAGUUAUUUUAAAUGUACAAAGAAUUGUCAAUAUUUUAAAAAUAUAAAUGAAAAUGAAUAUUUAAAAAUAAUAAAUGAGUUGUAUGAACAUAUAACAACAAUUGAAUAUAGAGAAUAUUAUAUUUUUAAAAAAAUAAUUUGUAAAAAAAAAAAUAUAGUUUUUAUAGUACCAUUAUAUUUUAUUAACAAUGGAGAUAACAUUGGUUCAUCAGCUAUUAUUAUAAAACUGUUUAAUUACAAAAUAUUAUAUUCCAUAAAUUUUAAUGUAAUAGAUUAUUCUUUUAUUGAAAGAACAGGCGCUAUAAAAGAGUCAGAUGUCUUUACCUAUAUUAGCAAUUUUCAUUACACAAAUAAAAAUUAUUCCAAACUGAUGGAUAUAAAGAAAAUUCUGUAUACAGUCAAUAGAACCAUAAACAACUUGGGCUGCGUGAUAUUUCCUGUGGACAUCGAUGGCAUAUUCAUAGAUCUCCUAUUCCAUGUUAAUGCCCUUUUGGAAGUGUGUUCACAAAGAUAUGCCCUUUUGUUUCUGUGCCCCUAUUCGGAAAAUUUCACAAGACUGUUAUUUACGUCCCUCACGUAUAUGAACGAAUAUAUUAAAAGCAAUUUUCACAAGAAUAGAAUAAAUUUGUUUAAAAUAAAAAACUUGAUAUGUUUAAGAAAUUACAAUGAUUUUAAAAAAUUCGAAAACGCUUAUUAUAUUUUAUUUUCUUUUCCUGCGUCGUUCAAUAAUGACUCAGCUAAAAAAAUUUUAUCAACCUUCCUUACAAAAAAAAAAAAUAUUGUCAUAUUUACCAAAAAGAGUAAUGUAGAUAGUCUUUCAACGAAUUUAUGUAAUUAUUUUUAUUCAAAUCGAGGAAAAGACAACAGAGGAAAUUUUAAUUUUUCAUUUUUCCAAAAUGUUAAAAUGGAUGAUAAAAAGUUAUAUGAAAUUUAUUUGAAUGAAAAGAGUAAUAUUGAAAAGGGAAUGUUUCAUAAGGCGGAAAAAAAAAAAAAAAAAAAUGUUAAGAAGAAACAAUUAAAUUUUAUAUUUGAAUCCCAUGAGGAAAUGAUGUACCUAAAAAGGGAAAAUGACAUGAUCGAAAAGGAGAAGAGGAAAAAAGAUUGCAAAAAUAAUAAAAAUAAAAAAUUUGAUAAAAAUAAUAAUAUAAAAAAUAUAAGCAAAUUUGGAGAGCUAAAUUUGAAAGAUGAAAGUAACACAAAAAAGGAAGAGAGAAGGAGGCGGUUUAGCUCUCCCACGUUUGAUCAUCCAAACUACUUGUUUUUGAAAAGAGAAAAUUAUAAACAAGAAAACUAUUAUGAUUACUCAGAUGAAAGGGGAAAAAAGGAAAACAUGAUAAGAAGUGACAACUCACAUGUCAAAGGGAGUGAGGAUAAUAAGAUAGUGGAAGAAGAUGCGGUAAAAGAUGAAACGAAAAAUGGAUGGAGUAAUAAUGAGCAAUGGGAGUUUGAGGAGGGUGUAACUGGUUAUAUGGAAAGCGACCACGUGGACGAUGUAGCAAAGGAACAUAGGGACGAGGAUGAGGGCGAAAAUGAUGAGGAUGACGAGGAUGAAGAUGAAGAUGAGAGCGACAAUGAUGAAGAUGAAGAUGAGGAUGACGAUAAUGAAGAUGAGGAUGACGAUAAUGAAGAUGAGGAUGACGAGGAUGACGAUAAUGAAGAUGAGAAUGACGAGGAUGAAGAUGAGGAUGACGAGGAUGAAGAUGAGGAUGAUAAUUACGAUGGCGAAGGUAGGGCCUCCUUUUCAAGAUCAGGUAAACACGAAUUCCACAGUGCGUGUAAAAAGCUACAGAGAAAACAUAAUAUAAGCUCGUCUGUAAAAUAUAAAUGUUCUGAUGAAUUUUAUGGCUAUGAAGAAAGUAACGCGAAUGAUAAGGACCAUCAGGCGAUUAAGAAGAAGAGGGGAAACGAAAAAAAGAAUAGCAGAAAGCUUAAUGUAGAAAAUGAAUACAACAACUAUGGCGAUGAUAACAAUUAUGGCACUGAUGAUAGUAGUGAAUACUUUGCACAUGAUGAAGUAGCAAAUCUGGAAGGGGGAAAUAAGGAUGAUGAGCUUAUUUCGAAAAGGGAAAGAAGGUACAAUAACGAAUUAGCUAAAAAUUUUAACGACAUUUUAGAAAACGGGGAUGAGGGCGAGUGUCAAAAGGAACAAGGGGUCCAUACAUCGUACUAUGCCCAUAUAAGGAAAUUUGCCAAAAGUGAAAAUAAUAAUAAUGAAGAGAAGAAAAAUCAACGUAAAAAAAAAAAAGUAAGAAUAAAAUUAGAGCAUAGUGACAAGGAUAAUAAUAGUUAUUACACGGGCGAUGAGGCAUUACCACAUAAGGAGUAUUAUAUAAAUGAUAUUUCGUAUCGUGCAAAAAAUAAUUCCAAUGAUAGUAACAGUAACAGAAACAGAAACAGUAUUAAUCCACAUUUGUUAAUAAAAUAUGAGGAGCAGGAGAAGGAGGAGGAGGAGGAGGAGGUGCAUCAUGACUAUGAUAAGGUAGGUGGUAGGAAUAUUUUUUACAGUAUGGGUGGAGAGAAAUAUGAUAUCCUAAAAAAUGGGGUGAAGAUAGAGAGUAAAAAUUUUACCAGUAAGACUAUAUUGUACAACGGGGAAAAGGGCGAUUUAAAAGAAGCGACCAUGCGUCAAUGUUACGAGUCAAAUGGAAAAAACAAAAGGGGUAUGAGUAGUGGAAGUGACUGCAGUUUUAAGGAGGGUAACAAAAAUGUCUUAACAAGUAAAAAAAAAAUUUGGAAACAAAAACUAAUUGAUUAUUUAAAAGAAGUUCCUACGAACAUACAAGAACAGCACAUAUCAGUUUCAUUAAACUGUGGAAUAAGUUCAUUUAAUAUGGAAAAUUAUGUCAAUCAGAAUACAUUAAAAACGAUAUUACUUUUAAUGAAACCAAAGCAUUUUGUUUUGCUUCCCACAUGUAAUAGUUUUUUUUCCUUUAAUUUUGAAAUGUUAUUACAUUCAUGUAUUCAACCAAAUGAUGAAAUCAAAUUUUACACAUUUUAUUCUCCUAAUUUUUAUGAACAAGUAAGUCAAAAUCAUGUAUUUGUUCAGCGCUAUUUUUAUCGCUCCUCCAUCUGUAUAGAUUCAGUCAGCAUACCAUUAAAUAGUACAUAUGAAAAUGUGUAUGUUAGAAGUAUUUAUAACUUACUCAAUAUGGCUAGUAAUACCCAAGGGAGUUUUAGGGUUUUCAAAAUUGUGGCUAGUGUAACGAAUAUGGAAAAUACGGAUGGGGAAAAAAGAAAACAUAAUGAUAAGAUAAAUGGAAAAAGGCGUAAAAGAUUCUUAAAUGAACACAGCGCAUUUUGGAAUGAAUGCAAUGAUGCUAAGUAUACAUUAUCGUUAAGAUAUAAAAAGAAUAAUGAAGAAGGGGAUGAUAUAGAGGAGAUAGAUAAUAAUAAAAAAGAAAAUGUACAGGAGAAAGUGAAAGAGGAAAAUGCCUCUAAUGGGGUUAGUGAAAAAAACAUACAAAAAGAAAAAAAUGAUAAAAAUAAUGAAAAGAAUGAUGAUAAUAAUGAAAAAAAUAAUAAUGAAGAAAGAUAUAAUAAUGAAAAAAAGAAUUAUAAUGAAAAAAAAAAUAAUAAUGAAAUAAAUAAUAAUAAUGAUGAAAAAAUUAAUAAUGAAAAAAAAUUUAUAAAUUAUUAUAUGAAUGAUGAAAUAUAUAACGGACAAGGAGAAACAGAUGAAGAGUUGCUCAUGGACGACUUAUCUGACUCUAUUUUAUCAUCACACACCGAUGAUGAAAAUAAUAUAUCACAUGAAGUUGCUAUGAGUAAAGAAAAUACAUUGCAUGGUAAUAUAUAUAUUGGUAAUGUAAACAUGCAAUCCUUAUGUACUACUAUAAACAAUGCUUUUCAUGGAUGCCUCACCUUUAUGAAUGAUAAUGAAAUAAUAGUUGAUGGAAAGACGUACAUUAAGAAGGAGGAAUUGGAAAUACAGGAAGACGAUCGAAGGGGGCAGUUGAAGGAGAAGCAUAGAAUAGUGAAGGAUCAAGCCGAUGGACUAAGGAAAAAACAAAAUACCAUUUGGACGAUAGAGAGUUCAUUAGAUCCGUCUUUCUAUUUUUUACGAAAUAUUUUGAAGAAUAUGUAUAACAACAUUUCGAUAUAA